UCCCUCUCUCUUCACCUUCACUCUUUCCUCGUUCCAAAAAGCACCAAUACCACGCUCCCUUUCACGCUAUAAAAUGCCUAUCACAUCACUAAAACUCGUACUCAGUAGACAAAACUCCCACUUCUGCGAGGUCAGUCAGUCUGAGAGCGACCAGUUUUACCACCAUGGCUCACCCAAUAACUCCAUUGUCACCACCCUUGAAAGACGAGCUAGACAUAGUGAUCCCCACGAUCAGGAACCUGGAUUUCUUGGAGAUGUGGAGGCCAUUCUUGCAGCCAUACCACCUCAUCAUUGUUCAGGAUGGUGAUCCCGCCAAGGUCAUCAAGGUCCCAGAUGGGUUCGACUACGAGCUCUACAAUAGGAACGAUGUGAACCGGGUUCUGGGCCCCAAGGCUAGUUGUAUCUCCUUCAAGGACUCUGCCUGUAGAUGCUUUGGCUUCUUGGUGUCCAAGAAGAAGUACAUCUUCACCAUUGAUGAUGAUUGCUUUGUGGCAAAGGAUCCAAGCGGGAAAGAGAUAAAUGCGUUAGCACAACACAUACAGAACCUGCUGACACCAUCAACACCAUUAUUCUUCAAUACCCUCUAUGAUCCAUAUAGGGAAGGAGCUGACUUUGUUCGUGGAUACCCCUUUAGCUUGAGAGAGGGAGUGUCUACUGCCAUCUCUCAUGGGCUUUGGCUCAACAUUCCUGACUAUGAUGCCCCUACUCAGCUUGUCAAGCCUCGUGAGCGCAACACCAGUUCACACAGGUAUGUGGAUGCUGUCAUGACAAUUCCGAAAGGCACACUCUUCCCAAUGUGUGGGAUGAACCUUGCUUUCGACAGGGAACUGAUUGGACCUGCAAUGUAUUUUGGCCUCAUGGGUGAUGGCCAACCAAUUGGCAGAUAUGACGAUAUGUGGGCUGGUUGGUGUGCCAAGGUGAUUUGUGACCAUUUGAAUCUAGGGGUGAAGACAGGGUUGCCAUACAUUUGGCACAGCAAGGCAAGCAACCCAUUUGUUAAUUUGAAGAAGGAAUACAAGGGCAUAUACUGGCAGGAGGAGAUCAUUCCAUUCUUCCAGUCUAUCGUUCUCUCAAAAGAGUGCACGACCGUGCAGGAAUGCUAUGUUGAGCUCUCAAAGAAUGUCAAGGAAAAGCUUGGCUCUGUUGAUCCUUACUUUCAGAAGCUUGGGGAUGCCAUGGUUACCUGGAUUGAAGCCUGGGAGGAACUCAAUCCACCAAAGGAAGCAUCAGCUGCAGCAGAGCCCAAAAGUGUGAAGAAGGAAGAGCCCUCUCCCAAAUCAAAGUAGACAGCAUUUAAUUCACUCUCAUUGUUGUAGUAUUAUUUCAUUCUGCUUUACCAUUUUUUCUUUGUAAACUUUGGUCCCUAUUUCUUCUUGUUUUAUUUAUCAGUGUUGCUGGUUUAUUACUUUGUACCUCUAUGUUUUUUGUAUCGGUUAAAGUGUUGUUAUCCUCACCAAAUGAGGAGAUGAGGUUCUUUCAAUCAGUGUUGUUUGAUUUAAUGAAAGUAAAAAAUGAGAGUUUUUUGCAUUGGA